AAUGAAACAUGUGACAAGGUGUGAUUAGUUAUCCACUAAUCUCACUGCAUGUUUGUUGACAGAUGGGUCUUUUGUCAGGGUAAUUUGUUCAACAGGAUAACCAGGUAGAUAAUUACCUGUUGCUUUUGUGGUUGUUGGGGCCAUUGUUUUGUUUAAAAAACAUCCUUACUGUGAAUAUUCAUUGGGGCAAACAGUAGGGUUCAUUGUAUGUAGUUUACCCAGACCAUGUCAUUCCUACUAUACCCAGGAGCAAUUAAACACUGCUGAGAGUUUGUGUAUAAAUCAUCAGACUGCAUUUUUAAGUGGAACUUAAUAUCAGUCACCAUUGCUCCUGGCAGAACUUCUCUCCCAGCUGCAUAUAUGUUCAGUUGCAUCAAAUAAAACCACUAUUCAUUCGGGAUGCAAACAAACAGGAGAGGGCUGGAACGGAAAGGGGUGUGACGGUGGUGUUGUGUUUCAUGUCAAACCACCUGGAGAGGAGACACUUAAGGCGCGCUAGUUCACGGUUCCAGCGGCAGUACAGACUCCACUCGUCCACAGAGGGCCACAUUACUUGAAUGACUACACUUGAAUCACUGCAUUGGACCGCACUCAGUCUCUUCCCUCCAGGGCGAUGGACAGCAACAGGAUCAGGCCGCUUGGCCUCACGGGCCAUUCCAGCUCCUCUCUCGGUGGAUUGCAGGUGCCCCCAUCCCUCCUGCGCCCGUCUUCACUUUUCCUCCGGGCGUGUAACCCCGCACUUGAGAGGGGAUACCCCCGCACUCCGAAGUGCGCCAGAUGCAGAAACCACGGCGUAGUGUCCGCGCUGAAGGGCCACAAGCGCUUUUGUCGCUGGAGAGACUGUGUGUGCGCAAAGUGCACCCUCAUAGCCGAGCGGCAGCGAGUGAUGGCGGCGCAGGUGGCGCUAAGGAGGCAGCAGGCCCAGGAGGAGAGCGAGGCCCGGGAGCUGCGGCUGCUGUACUCGGGUUCUGGGAUCGGAGGGGAAGCAGUGGUCCCUCAUGGGUCACCUGGGGGAUCCGGGUUGGCAGCACCAGCAAGCAGCACUCCAUCAGCUGUUGGAGCAAGUUUUGAUGUUUACCGAGCGGAGAAUCAAAAAGAUGAUGACAAAAUAAAUAAGUUCAACCUUUACAACGGAUUCAUGGGACGUUCUCUCUUUGCGCCUCAUGGCACACGCCUUCCCUCACCAUCAGAGAAAACUGAGUGCUCUCCAAAGGACAGCAACGCUCCACUUGUUGAUGACAGUGUCAGCCCAUCCCCGGUGUUUGACCUGAGUUCAGAUCACACAGACAGUCCGCAGAGGUCGCUAUCAUCUUCUGAUCCAGAGUCAGGCAGUGAGACGGAGAAAUCCACUGACUCCCCGAGUCUGGAGCGCGACCCGACCGACAUCAUGGCCAAGAUUUUCCCCCACCAGAAACGGGACACCCUGGAGUCUAUGGUCAGAACCUGUAAGGGUGACCUUGUCAAAUCCAUCGAACUAGUUUUAAGCUCUAAAGAGAACACAUCUGAUACCAAGACAUUGCCUGUGUCCAAUUAUCCAAACGCGUUCAGGGCUUCUGCGGUGUUGCCCGGUGCGCUUGGUGCCCUUGGGAGCAAAUCAGCUUUCGCCCCGCUCCACAUGCCUCCUACGGCCGCUGGAGGAGAGAACAUGUUCGGACUUAGUCCUCGCCUCGGUGUCAGUCCUUUACGGCUGGCGUAUUCCUCUACAAACGGCGGUUUGACCGGGUUUAUGUCACCGUAUAUGACUUCCGGACUGAUGCCGGUGUUUCCACUGCGUCCACCCUUGGACUCCUACUCCUUCCCAGGCAUGAUCCGUGACCUUUCCUACCUCCAGAGUAAGGAAGCACUGUGCAACACAGGGAGCCUGUACUCACGGCUGAACAGUGAGAAGUGACAGAUUAAAAACAUACCUAUUUUCGUUUUCAUUUAUUUUUCCUAUAUUUACCUUGUAUUUUUGUACAUCAAUGAAAACACCCCAACCCUGUGUUUUUGUAAAUGUGUAUAUGAUUUAUUGGUAAUAAACAGUC